AUGGAAUUAUCAGAAGCAUCUUUUUCAUUUGCUUUUGAAGGAGAAUCAUUUUCAAUACCUUGUCGUGACGAAACUUUAACAGGCUGCAAAUGGGUAGCUCUUGAUUUACCUCCGGAAUUUAUUGUUGUAUAUGUCCACGAUAUUGGUUGCUUUGGAUCAAUAGAUCACGAUGUUUUCGAUGUAUUGACAUCACAUGGUGCGAUUGUAUAUGCUUGCGACCAUCUUGGACACGGACGUUCCAAAGGUAAAAUUUUAUAUCUGUCAAUUAGCGAUAUUGUUGAUGAAACACUCAAAGUAAUUGAUUUGGCAAAAUCAGAAAAUAAUAAUUUACCACUAUUUUUAUUCGGCAUUAAUGCAGGAGCUUUAUCAAUAAUUUCUCUCAUGCUACGCGAAAAAGAAAAACUUAAAAAGUCCGUUAAUGGAAUUAUACUUGAAUCACCAUGGAUAUGUUCAUGGCAGAAAGUGCAACCUGGCUUAUAUACAACAGUUUUCUUGAUGUUACUGAAUUCUAUUGCUCCAUCACUGAUUUAUGAUCCUGGAGUUUCUUAUUUAUCCGAUACACCUCUAUAUUUUGAAGCAACUUGUAAUCGUUGCUCUUUAUAUAUGCCUUAUAUGACUCCUCACUUUUAUUUAUCAGCUAUGGAUGAAAUAACCAAGUGCAGACAAAACAUACAAGAUUUACCUAGCAUUCCAACAUUGUUUGCGUUUGGAGAAAAAGAUUCCUUCUUAAAUCCGAAACAACUCGAAGUUUUCAAAUCUCAGAUCGCGAACAUUUCUAAAAUGACCGUCAACAACUACGAUGGCGGCCAUUGGAUUACAAAAGGAAAUGCUCGCCCACAAUUCUUACAAGAUUUCCUUGUUUUCGUUCAGAAACAUAGAAAAUAA